AUGCUGUACACUGAACCGACCGCCUCCUUCACGGUCCCGGUCAACGCCUGCUCUGGCGUUCCCAUUGCCGGUGGCGAAGCGCGUGACACCGAUUUUGUGCUCUUUGUGAGUGCGAUGCCGCAGUCUUCGAGCGCCGCUGAGCAGUCGUCCACCUCCUCCACCGGGAUUGCCUGGGGCCGCUCUGCGGGGCAGGCGGCAUCUUUGAAGACAAUCGCCGAAACGCUGUCCUCCUCCCUGGAUGAGGUCCAUGAGUGUCUCUCGCCGGAGGGCCGUGCGGUUGACAUUAUUCGGCGCACCGCCGAGACGUUCCCUGCUAGCAAGACGGCCAUUUCUUUCAACGGUGGAAAGGACGCGGUGGUGAUGCUAGAGCUCCUCCGGCGCACGAUGGGGUUAGAAUGGGUGAAGGGCUGCUUUGUCUUUGUGCUUCUCGACACGGCGGGUGAAUUCCCUGAGCUAAUUGAAUUUCGCAAGCACUACAUGGCCUCUUACCUCCCGGGGUCCUUGCACGAGAUAGACGCGGGGGACGGCAUGAGGCAAGGCCUGUGGCGGGCCACCCAACAGCACGACUUUACCGUCGUCUUCAUGGGCACCCGCAAGGAUGACCCCAGCGGCAAGUACCAGCGUCCUUGGAAACCGACGACUGCCGGUUGGCCGCUGAUGGUUCGCGUCUGCCCCAUUCUCUCCUGGACUUUCAAAGAUGUGUGGGACUACACAAUAGCUGGCAAGAUUCCGUUCUGCAAGCUGUACCUUGACGGCUACACGUCACUUGGAGACAGCAAGGCGACCUCGCCGAAUAAUCGUUUGCUGAAGAAAGAUGGUAGCUACUCCCCUGCCUGGACGUUAACAGCGGACACCGAAGAGCGCGCUGGUCGCACGGAUAGUAUCAUCUAA